AUGAUCUGUGUUCCUUUUAGGACGCUGAACGACGAGUUAGUGGGUACACUGAGAUACUUUACGAAAGACACCAACAAGGAUCGCAUCACCAUAUACCUGUCAGUAUACAUAACGCCCAAAGAAGCGAUUUCCUUUCUAAACUAUAAAGAAAAGAAGUCAUGCACAAAUUGGGUUUAUAUUUCGGUUCCACAAGUAAGUCGCCAGCUGUUAGAGUUGCAUUUUUCUGAAAGUGUUGGUAAAAAAUUAAAAGUAAGAAGGUUUUUCAAUUUAGAGUGUUUUCAUUAAAAAUGGAGUUAAAGAGAAUUCUCGAGAAUUAUCUUUUCGGUAGCAUAAAAGCAAAGGUAUAUUCCAGGGAAUUCUUGGCACUUUCGGAGAAGGCGUUUUGAAAUCCUGGUAAAUGUACUUUCGAUCGAGAAUGAUGUUUCUGUGUGUUUUAUUAAUGAUACCAGGAGCCCUUAACCCUGAUUCUACUUGUACUCACUUUUGGGUGUCUCGGUAUUCUGUAGUACAUUUUAUAUUUACAAGAGGGACGUACGCUCCGGCGUGAUAGGAUGAUCGUUAGCGUACGACAUGAAAGUGUUUUCUUUCCUUCUUCAGAAAUCCUACCUACAAUGAGACCAAGGCGAUUGAAAUCACUGCAAAGAAUUACGAAAGAGCAGAUUUAUCCUUUGUUUCCACAUUCCUGGAGCUGGGAUUCACAUUCACAGCUCAAAACAAAACGGACUUGACGCAACAUUUUACGAUGCUACCAUGUCCUGAGGGAACCUAUUCUAUGGGAACUCUAGGAUGCGUGGAAUGCCCCCCGGGUAAGCGUGUUAAUGUUAUCGUGCCCCUAAUUGAGGGGAUGAUAAGUCAUAUCUUAGGUUGCAAAAGUCAUCCCUCCCCUUCUUCCCCCAGAAAGGGGCACAUGGGUGGACAAGUUGAUCAUAUAACUAUUCCAUUUUUGACUAUGUCGACCACCGAGCGAAAGAAGAUUUCCCACAGUAAGUUAUCUCUACUUUCGGAAUAGUGCUUUGAAAUAUCUCAGCCAAAAGUACAAAUUAAAAUGAACACGUAAAUUUGGGAAUUUCUAUUUAUGAAUCUUUAAGAUUAAUAGCGUUUGCAAAUAUUGUAAUCAGCAGUGAUCAGUAAUGUUUUCCUUGUAGGGGGCUUUUUGUCUGACAGUGUCAGCUAUGUAGCACAACAGUGCGAAAGAUGUCCAAUAGGAGCGUUUGUUUCAUUAGAAAAACAACCAGGUACAAGAUAUAAGCAUUGCAGAGCAUGUCCGCGAGGUAAGUAGAUUAUCAUGUAAACAAUAACGGUUUUAUGAGAAUAGUAGGGAGAUAAAGCCGCCACGAUAGCGAGGGCAUGCAACGAGAUCUUCGAAAAAUAGUUAAGAAUACACAAAACAACAACUCUGCACGUGAAUCACAAUUUUUAUAGUAUAACUCUUUUCUGUUGCUGCAGACAUACCACAAGAAAUAUCGUGGUAGGAAGUUUUAUUGAAGACGUAAACACACUAUGACAUAUUUUUUUUUAUUCUAAACUUUGAUGCGGUCUCUCAAAAUUCGUUUUCUGGAAAAUUCGCCUACAUUUAUAACAAACUGAGAGUUGAAAUGAUCAGGAUCGCCUUCUCGGUUGCUUAAGCUAUAACCGUUGCACCUUAUACACCCAACCCCUGUUACUCAUGAAAGCUAUCACAAUGGACUUUUAAGCUCAAAAGUUGCUUUUAUGGCGCAAAAGUAAACUAACCUAUUUUAAUCCAGCUGAGGUCGGAGGUCGGCUAGGUUUUUCCUCUCACAUAUCCUCCUUUUCUUUUGUCGUUAUUCCUUUGAUAAUUUUUUUUAUUUAGAGAACAGGAUUUUGUUAAGAAAAUUUUAUUGUGUCUUAAUUAAUAAUCGUUUGGUACGUUUCACCUGAUAAAAAUAAACCAAGCAUUAGCGAGGCGAAGGCUUACUCUCAAGUGAUCAACCAUAAUACGUUCUGGCAAACUGUCCUCCUACCCUUCCCCUAAGCCAACAUUAACACUUACUUCUCCCUUAGGGCAAAAUGUUGGCUCAAGGGAGGGGUAGAUGGGCAGUUUCCAGAAACAUAUAAUGAUCCAGAGCGGCCUUACUUGGACAGGUAUAGUAGCAGUCUUUUAUCGACUGAUAUAUGUUUAUUGUGAGUUUUUGUCACUGUUAGGAACAAACACCGAACGCAUGGCUGGGCUCUUUGCUUGCAACUGUUUGGAUGGAUUUUAUCGAACAAAUAUCUUUGGAAAAUGUUUUGAAUGUGAAGGAAACGAAUUCGAAGGUUUGGAUUGCUCUGGAGACUACCUAGAUUUGAAACCAGGCUACUGGUGGGCGUGGCAGAAUUACACGCACAAAGAACGGUACAGGAACUUCACCUCAAAUAUUAACAACCCUGCUCCCGCAUAUGAUCCUGGACAAGGUCAGGACUUCAUUGAUUAUACUUACCCUAUGCCGAAACCUACCAAGUGUCCUCGAGAAAGGUCAGUCGGUCAACUAGUGACUUUUGUGACUAGUGACUAGUGAGUUAAAAUUUUGUUUUGUUUGUUUGUUUGUUUCCAGGUAAUUUUUUAAAUUAUGUUCGAAUCGUGAAGGCCAAAUAGGGAAGAGAAGUCCUUACGUCACGUUGCAAUGGAAGCAAAAUUUCUGGGUGACAACAAACCAAAAAGUCACUUAAAAAGUGGAUUCGCACUGUUUCAAACUUCAUCGAUCUAAUUUGUUGGCGAAAUUAGGUCUUGAAAUACGACUAAUCAAACAUGGUACAACACUGUGAUUUAACAAAAGAUGUUUAUAUUGUCUCUCGUGUAGAUCUUGCCCUGGAGGUGUAGCGUCCCUAGACAAUCCUUGUGAACCAGGCUACGAAGGCCCUGUCUGUGGGAUUUGCAGUGACGGAUACUACAAACAGAUACAAGCUUGCAGAAAAUGCCCCACCAAGACAGCCGUUGCAAUACAGUUGGCGUUGAUUGCAGCUGCCGUGCUCCUGGUCGUUGCAAUUAUAAUCUGGUACAGCAGAAAGAAUGUGAAGAAGACACAAAGACGUGCCUUGAUUGACAUCGUGUUCGCCCGACUGAAAAUUAUCAUUGGAUUUUAUCAGGUAUGAUGCAGACCAUAAGACUGGUUUCCCGACAAGUAUUCUUUCAUUUUCCUCAAAGAUAGGAUAGCAUGUGAGACAUGCUAGCGCUAAGGAAUCGAUCACCCCUCUUGAGAAGACACAGAGCAUUUGUGGCUGAUUUUCCCAGGUCUUAAAAUAACUGACAACAAAGUACGUGCUGCCUUUGUAAUGACAUCUUCAAACGGUUAGACUCCCAAAUCUUCUCUCGGAUAAGGACGAAAAACCGUAGGUCCUCUCUCACAGCGCUUUUACUCAUCUGGUUCUUGUUGGACGUAAAAGAACCCCCACCAAUGUUCAAAAAGAGUGGGGGACGUAGACCCCCAUGGUGCGGCCAACCUUUACUAGUCCGGGUGGGUUAUCUGUGAGGAGAGAUCUCCUGAUAUGGGGAUAACCACGUGAUCCUCCUUCGGGUGUCGUAAUGGCUACCUUUAAACAUUCAGUGUAUGUAAUAAUUCCAUGCAGUUCCACUCCUUUCAUUAUUAAUUCCAUUCGCCUAUUUAUUCCCAUCAUAGCAUCUCUUUGACAUCUAUGAGAAGCUGGAACGCAUUGACGAUGCGAAAGCCAAGCUGGUAUCCUUGUUUCUCAUGCCUCUACAUACCGCCGCGCCCUGGCAGCUGUUUACUUGAAGAAGUUGUCAAUGAGCGAGUGCCGUAUUGUACUGCACUCAUGUCUUCUAAUUAAAAUUGAAUUGCGAUUCGAUAUCAACGUAGAAAAGUGAAGAUUCAUUCAACAAGAUUUUUAUUUAUUUUAUUUUAUUAUUUUUGCCCGUGGCGGGGAAAUCUUCGAGAAGCCAAAUGACGAACUUAUAGGAAAAAGAGAUUUUCCUGAUGAUGCGCAUGCUAAACCCAUAAAUUGUUAAUAUCCUCGUCAGCUUUAUACGGUUGUUUUUAUGAUGAUUUAUGCUUUUUUUUUUCUUCAGGUAACCUAUGGUCUUUUAGAAGCUUUUUCGUUCGUCAGAUGGCCAGACGCCUUGGAAGAUAUUGCCAAGUAUUCAGAAGUACUGCAGUUGAAUUUUCUUCAGAUGGCACCAUUGCACUGUCUGAUUAGAGGGAUUAAGGUAAGGGAUCACCACAAAACGAUGGGCGGGGUAGUCCAGGUUUCUAGGCCUCUGCUUGCCCCUGAAAAAAAGAUGGAGAAGUUCUGAACUUCUCCCAGGGUCACUACUGCGCAGUAGACCCAAAAUGAUUUAUUUUCCUCCAUGCCAGAGGUUGAACGGAAGAUAACUAUAUUCGCAUGAGAAAUUAUACAUCUGACAGUUAUUAGUAUGAGGACCUAGUUGACGUCCUAUUAAAUGGCGGAUAACGACGAUANAGUAAGAUUAUUGCGCUAUUGCAAUAUCGUGAUUGCAAUAAACGAUAAAAGUAAGAUAAUCAGAAAUAACUUACUAUACGGUAUCUUUGUUAUCUCCCAAAAGGUGGACGCCUUUGGUAGCUUGUAUGCAGCCAUGGCAUUGAACGCUGCUGUUUCGUUGCUGUUCGCUUCGAUUUUCUGGUUGCGAAAGUUGAUGAUCCGUUUAGACAAAACUUUGUCCGAUGCCGAAAAAACAAAGAAGAUCUCCCACACUAAAGAACUUGUCUACCGAAACCUGUUCUUCUUCCUUUUCGUGACGUACUUGAGCACGUGUUCAAAGACAGCUAAUGUCCUGCCUCCUGCCUGUCGCCGGCUCUGCAUUAAUCGAGAACAGACGCUUUGUGACGAUUACUUGAAGGCUGACUAUGGCAUCAAGUGCCAUGGUUCACAGUACCACGUGCGACUCAUAGCGGCAUAUGUGAAUCUUGCCUACAUCUUCGCACUUCCAGCCUUUUGUAUCAUUGUUCUUUGGAGACAAAAGAGGGUGUUUCUGGGUUCAGAGGGAAAUGAAAGGUACUUGGCUCCUCAAGAGAAUAAGGAAAUAGUGACAGGAUUGCGUUUUCUUUAUGAAAACUACAAAACAAAGACCUGGUAUUGGGAAGUGAUUGAGAUGGCGCGAAAGGUAACAUUUAUUUUCACUCCCCUUCCCUCCCCUCCCUCUAACACUUAAAUUUCUCCUCUCUCCACUCCCCGCCUCCCUGAUACAAACGGUCGCAGUUUGGUCUCGACUUAUAUUACUAUACUGUGACAAAACAAAACGAUAACCACAAAGACUGUCUUGUACCAUCCCUCAUUAUAGCCUUAAUAACAAACAGUAGCUCAUUUUGUCGUUAGCAUUACUGUGUACCGCUUAACAACUUAUGAAUCUUCCUCUAUAUGAAUACAACUACUUUGUCAUUCUCCUACUAAUUUUUUAUCAUUUACUUCUUCAUUUUGUAACAAAAGAAAGACCUUUCACCUUUAACUACAAAGACUGUCUUGUACCAUGCCUAAUUAGCCUUAGUAACAAACAAUAGCUUAUUUUGUCUUAAGUAUUACUGUGGACGACUUCAUUCUCCUUCUAAUUUUCUAUCACUUCUUCAUUUUUUAACAAAAGAAAGACCCUUCACCUUUAAAAACGUUUCUCUCUUUCUUCAAUUGUCUGCACUUCGUUAACGGUUUCAGAUAGCCCUGACGUCUGGCUUAAUUUUGGUGGGUGGUGAAACUAGAGUCUUCGUUGGCGUGACUUGCGUCCUUGCUGCGCUUUAUGGGAUGGCCUUUGCUUACUACGCUCCUAUUCAAGACUAUUUCGAGAAUAACUUGAUGGUUUCUGCACUCUCCGUUACAUUUGUUAAUCUGGGUAUUGGAGCUGUGAGCAGGAUACCUGCAGAGAACCGCCCA